CUUAAAGAAUCACAAUUAAACACGAACGAAGCAGAGGAGGGGAAACUGCCUCGGUGACGGAAGUCGGAAGCCAAGCCCUAAAUACAAACAAUGCCACCAACUAGCGGCAUCCUUGCCUGGUUCACAUCAUGGUUGGAUUGGUUGCGGUCGCUCUUCUUCAAGCGCGAAAUGGAAUUGUCGCUGGUUGGGCUCAACAAGGGCGGCAAGUCCACGCUGGUGCAGGUCCUCACGACUGGGCAAUACACUGAGGACACAAUUCCCACGGUCGGCUUCAACAUGCGGAAAAUGACCAAGGGAGGAGUGACAAUCAAGAUGUGGGACCUCGGUGGCCAGCAGCGCUUCCGGAACCUGUGGGAGCGGUACUGCCGCGGUGUGCAGGCCAUCGUGUUUGUGGUGGACGCUGCGGACCUCGACAACGUGCCCAUGGCCCAGCGGGAGCUGCACUCGCUGCUUGAGAAGCCCAGCCUCAAGAGCAUCCCGCUACUGGUGCUGGGCAACAAGAACGACCUGCCGGGGGCCCUGGGCGUGCAGCAGCUUACUGACGCACUGAACCUCAAGGCUCUGACGGAUCGCGAGGUGUGCAUCUACAGCAUCAGCUGCAAGCGUCAGAACAACAUAGACGUAACGCUUGAGUGGCUCACCAAGCACGCCAAGUCCUAGGCUGCGCCACUCGGGGCCUGGUGGUGUAGGCCUGGUCACUCCACGGUGGUUGGCUGAAGUGGAGGGGCAUGGGGGGGGCACAAGCCGCAGCGCGCCGGUGGGAGGUGGAGGCUGCACGACAUAGCGCAUUGACCUGUUGCUGACGCAGAGGCAUGGGUGAUAGGCAUCGUGAAAUAAUGGGCACACUACGGAUGUGUAGGCGGGUUUGUGUCAUGUGCCGUGUGCGGACCUUGAAGUUGAAGGCGCAGCACAAGCACAGUUGAGGGUGGAUUUGUCGUCGAUUUGUAUCUACACAGUCAUGAGGGCUGUGACUACGUAAAAAGAGAUACAAAUGGGCAGGGUACCCGGCGGUUUGAUGAAACUGCUCUGCAGAGCUGUUGCACCAAUACGCAAGCGUGGCUAAGAGGCCAUGUAAUACGGCAAAUGCCAUCUGCAUCCCCUGUAAUAGGCUAGGAUA